AUGGUCCAAUCACCACAUCUCGGUCUACUGUUUCUGGCCGUGACCCUAGUCCACAGCUCCGAAGGGCACGCGAAGGUCUUCACGAGAUGCCAACUAUCCAGAGAGCUUUUAAGAUACAACUUUCCAAGAGCUUUGAUCCCGACUUGGGUAUGCCUCAUAGAGCACAUGAGCAGCAGAACAACCGAGAAGAUUACGAACCACAACAACUCCUACUCUAGCUACGGAUUGUUCCAGAUUAACAACAAAGACUGGUGCAAGAAAGGCAGGAAGGGCGGAAAUUGCAACAUGAAAUGUGAAGAUCUCCUGAACGAAGACCUGGCCGAUGACGUUAGAUGCGCCAAGCGAGUAUACGAUAGAAUCGGAUUCAAGGCCUGGCCGUCUUCUUACUCCUACUGCAAGCAGAAGAACCUACCAGACAUCUCCAGAUGCUGAACGCCUCUACCAAAGAUACCACCAUCCAAUUAAUUGUGUUCUCUUUUUUUAUAUAUACGUCGCACACUGUAGUU